AUGCAACCGUGGCGCAGCAUCUGCGAGUUACGCAUCCUGCACCCACGUCCUACCUCCGGGCUAGUGCUGUACAUCUGCGAGAUGGAACAUAAUCCCCGCGGGGCCACCCGCGAACGAGAGCCCUCGCCCGGAGAAGCGACAAACGCCACGGAAUGCCACAACCACAACCGAGACGACACCCGCGCGCCAUCCGCACUCACGCACACAAGCCGCAUCACUCUCCUUGCCGAAGACACAGCACUCAACGUGAGCGCGUCGCCGCAGGACACCCAGACAUCCCUCACGACCGAACACCACGUACACGCCGCAGGAGCAUUCGCCUACUCGAAGUCAAUCCGCAUCUUUGGAAGCAACCAAGACGUGCGGGACGAGCGAGCGCGAGCACAGGAGAACGCAUAUGCCAGAGACAAGGCAGCAAUCCUGCAAGUCCUAACACGAACGCUCGGCACGGAGGACCGGGCGACAGGAACGCCACACACGACGAAGGUGAUUUGGUAUGAGCAAGGGACGGUUGAGACUCCCCGAGGAGAAGAAUAA